AUGAGUGUUGCCCCCACAGGGUUACAUGAUCUUUCAACACCGCAAGUUCGUAAAAUUCCGUCAUCCAGUGGUCGGUCUAAAACAACAUCUAGCACCAGUAACAAGCCAAGCAGCAGCCUACUGAUAAAUGGUGGGAAGAAGAACAUAAAGAAGAAAUCAACAGUAUUAUCUCCUUCGGCAAGCCCAACGACCUCUAGCGACAGGAUGAUGAAGAAAACUCAAACUAACAUGACGAGGAGUGCAACGGCGACAUCCAAUUUUUCAGCACCUAGCAGACGGAUACGGAAGACAGCGCUGACUUCUAAUGAUAGUGACGAGAGCAGCCUGCUCGACGCAUCCUCUUCCGAUAUCUACUCCACACCGAACGAAGAAGACCGAAAACAGACGAACGGCUCUGCAAAGCUGAUUGUACCGUCAAUCACACGUGUCUCAGGGAACGCAAAUGUCUGCAGACCUUCUGUUUCAGCGCAAUGCGCUCAUAGAUGA